GAGGGUAUAUCAUUCUUCGCGCUAGGGUUCUCUGCCCAAAGAGGGAAGUACAGGGGCGGAGGAGCGGAGGGUUUCAGAGAUCGGCGGAGCUUCGAGGGGAGAAGACUGCAGCAACUUUUCGCCGCCGUGACGAUGCAAGGGAAGCCGAGGAAGGUAAGAAAGGAGGAGGUCGUUACCCGAGAGUAUAACAUAAAUCUCCACAAGCGCCUCCAUGGAUGCACCUUCAAGAAGAAGGCACCAAAGGCAAUCAAGGAGAUAAGGAAGUUUGCACAGAAGGCCAUGGGGACAACUGACGUGAGAGUCGAUGUGAAGCUAAAUAAGCAGAUUUGGAGCCGAGGUAUCAGGAGUGUGCCGAGGAGGGUUCGUGUUCGUAUUGCACGGAAGAGGAACGACGAGGAAGAUGCUAAGGAGGAGUUCUACUCUCUAGUCACUGUUGCCGAAAUUCCUGCAGAGGGGUUGAAGGGGUUGGGCACUAAGGUUAUUGAGGAGGAUGAAUGAGAGUAGAGUCUCAAGCCAACUACAUAGUUUUUGUUACCUGUUUAGCUCGAGGUACUUCAGUUUUGGGUUUAAAUUGUCAUAGUUCCUUGGUGUGUUUUGUCUGGGACUCUGGGUUUUGUUUUUGGAUGCUGGCUGUCCGCAACUUAUUCAUCAGAGGAAAAUCAUGUGCCUUGACUUGACCUGUUCAUUGUUAUCCGAGCUGUCUUGUUUCCGUUUUCUUUACGUUGAAAUUUCAGAACGCUUCUCGCAAUAUCAUAGUCAAUUCUGGAGUCGUAUCC